AUGCAAAACCAAAGCUUUGUAACUGAGUUUGUCCUCCUGGGGCUUUCACAGAAUCCGAAUAUUCAGAAAAUAAUAUUUGUUGUGUUUUUGUUUGGCUACAUCACAACUAUCGGGGGCAACUUGCUAAUGGUGGUGACCAUCAGUAGCAGCCCAGCACUCCUGGGCUCCCCCAUGUACUUCUUCUUGGCUUUUCUGUCCGUCUUGGAUGCAUGCUUCUCCUCCGCCAUUGCCCCAAAGAUGAUCGUGGACUCUCUCUCUGAGAGGAAAACCAUCUCCUUUGAAGGCUGCAUGACCCAGCUCUUUGCUGAGCACUUCUUUGCUGGAGCAGAGGUGAUUGUCCUCACGGCCAUGGCCUAUGACCGCUAUGUGGCCAUCUGCAAACCGCUGCACUACUCUUCUAUCAUGAGCCAGAGGCUCUGUGGCAUUCUGAUGGGGGUAGCCUGGACAGGGGGCUUCCUGCAUUCCACGAUACAAAUUCUCUUCACUUUCCAGCUGCCCUUCUGUGGCCCCAAUGUCAUCGAUCACUUCAUGUGUGACUUAUACCCAUUACUGGAGCUAGCCUGCACUGACACUCACAUCUUUGGCCUUUUGGUGGUUGCCAACAGUGGGUUCAUCUGCAUCCUUAUCUUCUCCUUGUUGCUCGUCUCCUAUGGGGUCAUCUUGCUCUCUCUGAGAACCCGUAGUACUGAAGGGCAGCAGAGAGCUCUCUCUACCUGCGGAUCUCACAUUGCUGUUGUGGUUUUGUUCUUUGUCCCAUGCAUAUUUGUGUAUGCACGACCUCCAUCUGCUUUCUCCUUUGACAAAAUAGUAGCCAUAUUUUACACCAUCCUAACUCCCUUGCUCAAUCCUUUGAUUUACACAUUCAGGAAUAAGGAAGUGAAAAAUGCCAUGAGGAAAGUGUGGAACAGAAUAAUAGUGGCUAAUGAAAAAUGAAAUGUUGAUGUUUGAAAAAAUUUAAAGUUAAGAUUGAAAAUACAAGUUUUCUUAUUAGAUAAAUACUCUAUGUGGGUGAGUCUUGUUUGG